AUGGGCAAGAAGCGCUCGCAGAAGGAUCGAGGAUACAUCACAGCAAAGGAGCAUGCAGAGGAAUGGGGCGGCUUCAAGGACCGCUCGCGCGGCGCCCCCUUCGCCCGCCUGCCCUUCAACUGCUGCGCCAUCACGUUCACGCCGUUUGAGGACCCGGUGUGCACCGACGACGGCAUCAUAUACGACAUUGUGGCGGUGGUGCCGUACGUGCGGAAGUUUGGGAGGCACCCUGUCAAGGGGACGCCGCUGGCGCUGGGGGACCUGAUACACCUCAACUUCCACAAGAAUGCGGACGGCGAGUACGCGUGCCCCGUCACCGGCAAGGUCUUCACCGACCACACCCACAUCGUGGCCGUCAAGCCCACCGGCAAUGUGUACGCGUGGGAGGCGGUGGAGGAGCUGAACAUAAAGGCCAAGAACUGGCGCGACCUGGUUACGGAGGAGCCUUUCACCCGCAAGGACAUCAUGCACCUGCAGGACCCGUUGAACCUGUCGGGGCGGCUGAUCCAGGAGUUUGACCACGUCAGGAAGGUGGGUGGCUAG